AUGGGUUUUUCUUCUUUUACCAUCAAGACUCUGAAUUUCAUAGUGUUAAUCUUAGACAACCUUCUCUUAGACUUUAUCAAACACCUUCACGCCAUGUUACUCUCUUGUAUUCAUUUACUCAAGAGGGCAUGUUUACAUGAGCAAAAGUUGGUUGAAUCUGAAGUUAAAGAUCGGCCAUCGCCGUCGUUGGUGCCGGUCCCGGUCCAUUUCAUCGUGGGACUGGUAAAGGAGCAACUCCCAAUUAUCGAAUACAGUUGCUUACUUGAGAGAUUAGGAGCAUGUAAAAAAGAUGAAGUGUGUGCUGUGUGUUUGGGAUGUAUCAAGGAAAGUGAGGAGGUCAGAGAGCUUUGUGGUUGUGCUCAUGUUUAUCAUAGAGAGUGUCUUGAUGGUUGGAUUGAUGAAGGCCAAAUCACUUGCCCUUUGUGUAGAUCUAAGAUAUUGCCUGAUAAGGGAGAGGAUCAACAGUGUGGAGGAGAUUCAUGGAGGAAGGAGAGGAUGAUGUACUUGUUUGGUGAGGAUUAUGUAAUGGGCACCUAA